AUUGUAUGUACGGCCGUGUAAAACGCACAGUGAACACACAGUUACACAGGUCAGAUGUACACUAACUUUGUGUAUUACAACCACAAACAGAAACUGCCCUCGUCAUUGUCGUGUCAUUUGCCACUCAACUACCGAAGGGGUCUUACCAUACCAUACCCUACCACACCAUACACCAUACCAUACCAUACCAUCACUUCUAUAACAUUUUAUGCUCACAACUUCAUGGGAAGGAGAGAGCGAGAGUUGAGCCGAGGAUAAGGCAAGUGUUGUCAACUUAGUUAAGACGCUUCCAAAUACAAGUUAAUGUCUCUCAUGAGACACUCGAAUACCUAUUUUUCAAAUACUUUGAGCCAAAGGUCGUUAUCCUUUGCCCACAAUAAAAGUGUUGUCCAUUUGAGGGGUGGGCUGACUCCUCACUCGUUUAUGCCUACUCUACCUGACAGAGACCUACUGUACCACAAGACCCACCGCAGUCAUCAAAUUUAGCUCACAUUAAACGCCAACUCCUUUUCGUGUCAUUCAUUUUCGACACUCUGUUUGAAAAGUGUUUCAUGAGUGCACAGAACUUAAUGCCGAGCGCUUCAGCACCGUCUACGACAGGCCAGGCCACUGGUGCCACACCAGCCUCUGCCACAUCCAACUCUCCCGGCGCCGGAGCGAUCACUCCCGUAUCGAUAGCAGGGCCCCCACGCGCCCCAUCCAGUGCCACACCGUGUUGUGAGUCCGGACGACCCGUCCUAACCGAUCCCAUCACUGGCCAAACUGUGUGCUCGUGUCAAUACGACGCCCAUUUGCUCAACUAUCAACGUUUGGCCGCUUCCACGGGUCUACCCCUAGGCAUGUACGGACCCGCGGCCGCCGCCGCUUACGGCGCCGCCGCCGGCGGUGAAGGCUUUCUACCCAUACCUCCAGAACAGCUCCAAUCGGCCUUUUAUUCCCCGACCGCGAAUGGGUUUGACUUGAAGGAGAAUCUGGAGGCCUGGAGGAACCUGCCCUAUGCCGCCGCCGCAUCCAUGUAUUAUCCUUAUGAUGGCGGAGCACUCGCUGGUUAUCCAUUCGCUAAUGGGUAUGGCAUGGAUUUGAAUGGCGCUCGACGUAAAAACGCCACCCGAGAGACGACGAGUACACUGAAGGCAUGGCUGAGCGAACACCGAAAGAAUCCCUACCCAACCAAAGGAGAGAAAAUAAUGCUCGCAAUCAUCACUAAAAUGACAUUAACUCAAGUGAGCACUUGGUUCGCGAACGCCAGAAGACGGCUGAAGAAGGAGAAUAAGAUGACGUGGUCUCCGAGGAAUAGGUGCGACGACGACGACGAUGACGGCAAAGACGGGUCCGGCAGUGGUAUCAAUGAUAGAGAUGGCAGAGACGGAGAGACCAAUUCUCACCGGAGAGAUCGCGAUGAAGGCGAUUCUGAUAUCGUCGACAUCGAAGAGGACUCUAAUCCUGGCGGACACUCCGGCAAAAGGCGUGACACGGGUUCUCCCCUCUCGGAUGUGGGCUCUCUGUCCGACAUCGGAGACUCGGAUGCCUCGCAAUCGGCGAAUAACGCCAACCCAUUGCUGUCGCACUCUUCACAUCUGCAUCACACCAUUCCACUCAAUAAACCCAGAAUCUGGUCCAUUGUAGACACGGCUACCAGUAAUAACAGUUCCUCAUUAUUACCGCUGCCGCCAAACGCUAUGAAACAAGCGAUGGCCAGUAAUGCGGGUCCAGGACUCGGACCCAUUUCGCCGUCAGUCGCCGCUAUAGCAGCCAACAGAGCGGCGCGACUCGACUACCUGUCGCCGUAUUCAAAGCCCGGCGCUCCUCAUCACUGGUACAAUGCGGGCAACUUUGCCGGCGGUCCGCCCGGCGCCGCAUUCUCGCCUUUAUAUCCAUGCCCUCCGUCAGCAAUGAUGGGUCAUCUCACUGUACCUCCCGGUGCCCACAACAGCAUACCUCCACAUAUCGCCGCCGCGGCCGCAGAAUCAUCGCUAAAUAGGUUACGAUCGGCAGCGGCCGCUGUGGCCGGCGUUUCAGUGUCCGGCUCUUCUCAGGACAACAUCGCAGCCAUUAAUAAGACCAUUACAUCCAUUGGUGAGCGAACUUCUAAUGGCACUAACAUUAAUACAAAAUCAUGACAAUUAUGAUAAUUGUGAUCAAGUGUUUAAUUUAUAUAUAAAUAUAAUAUACGAACUCCAAAACCAUAAAACAAACAUAAAAUUUGUAUAGUAUUUGGCCUACAAUUAGAAGACGGCUUAUACUAUAAUUGUACAGAAAAAUUGAGAAAAUAUUGUAUAAUAAUAAUUGUGAGACAACUCUCAUCGACAAGUAUUUUGUUGUUCACUCAAUACAAUCGAUUGGCGAAUCGUUAUUGAGAUGUCUGUGAAUUAACUCAUUGUAAAAGCAUAUCAAAUGUGCGCCUAUUUAUCAGUUAUGUUUAUAUCCGAGUGCCGUCUCCGUUGACUUCAUUGACUCCGAUGUAAUGCCAAUGUAUAGUACAUGUGAUGGUAAUGAUAUCUGGACUCAAUGGUGAUGUAGUCCAGCCCCGACAUCAUCGACAACUCAAAUGCUCUUUGUUAUCAAUGAUUGAGUUUUACAUCUGCUAUGAGAAUGCUUUAACGUUAAGGUCAGUCUAUUAUAUGAAAUUGAGGACAAACGGCAAUAAUAUAAAUAAUAUAAUUAUUAUCUAAAUUAGUGGAUGUGAUGGGGAUAUGAGAGCAGACACUAAAGUUUUGCCUCUAAAAUAAUGCUCUAUUAGUUGAACAUAACACUAAUACUGUAUAACAAAUAUAUAUAAAAGUGCAGUAAAUGUUGCACACAAUUAGAUAACAUUGUAAUAAUAAGUCAUACAAACAGACUAUACAAGUAUAUGAUAUAAAAGAGGCGAUCGAUUGAACGAUAAUUUGAUAUUUUGAAUGAUUUGGAUGAAGACGUAAACUAACAUUUGAGUGACAAAACACAGGACAGACUAAAUGCUAACUUAUAUUCAAUUACAUAACAGACAAACUAAAUGCACAAAUAUUUGUCAGACUAUUUAAUAAGUUGUUUUUUAAUUUUAACUGAUUUAUAACUUUGUAUAUUUAAUUUGUUUAACACAUCUAACAAACAAAAAACAACAACCAAUGUAUUUAAAUGUACUUCAGAUUGAAUGUACUCUUUUUGAGUCUUAGUUUCAUGUUUUCUCUCAUAAUUUUCUCGUAAACAUUAUAUCAAAUCUCUCUUCGCAUUCAUUCGUCCGUUUGUUUGUAACAAAUAUUCUAACAUUUCAUAUAAACUGAUAAAAUAUUUGUUAAAUAUUAGAGUUAUUUCUUAUUACAUAUUAUUUUCGACGCCUGUAUUCAU